AUGCGGAGCACCUUGGCCGCUGCGCCCAUAGCGCUCAUGCACACACGACUGACCGUCGCUAUGCAUAGACGUGGCGCUAUGUGUGUGCGUGGACAGACACGAACGUUCUUUGGUCUAUUUAAACGGAAACCAGCUGCGACCAAGUCGCAAGACAGGUCGGCCAUGCCACCGCCGCCUGUCCUUGCGCCAGACAAUCUCUUCCACAAACUCUCCGAGUCGCCCAUCCCAUCCAUGCGUGCGCGUGGCGACCGCAUCCGCUCCUUGGCCCCUUGUCCCGUCAGCAUGUCGAAAUACGGCGUCCGCAGGCUCGUCAAUUUCGAAUGCCCCGACUGUGGUUGGCCCACGCACUACUCGGAGAACGAAUGGAAGGAAGACACCGAGCACGCACGCUAUGUGCCGCGACUUCGCGAAGCCAACGAGGAUGAACACGACCUGCGCUCGGGGCGGCCCAUGACCGAGUUCCAGCUGCCGCGCGAGCAGCCAUCCGAGGCGGCUGUGAACUUGUCCGGUUGGGACCAGUUUUUUUACACACGCAACUUCCGCUCCAUCGAGUCAGACCGCAGCAAGCGCCAUGUGUCAAAGCUGCUGACAUUCCCCUUGACCAUUGUAGGUGCACUCCAUGAACACAGUCCGUACACACGGCGAAACUCGCGCCUGACACACGAGGGUCUGCGCUCGCUCGCUCCUCUGCGUCAGACGCUGCAUCCAGAGCUGGGUGCACGUCCUCGGCUCGAUCCUGUGCGCAUCUUCGUCGUUGGCGCGCGUGCAGAGUCGACGCUGCCGCCGGAUGUAUGGAAUCAGAUCGCCUAUGUAUUUCCCAACGUGCCGAUCCACGUUAUUCUGAUCGGUCCCGAGGUCGCGAUUGCGCCCAAGCAUGUGCCGAAUCCAUGGAACCACCCUAUGUACAAGGAACGCGCUGCGUCGUUUCCGUUCCCAUCGCGCAGCAUCGCUGUGUCUGACGGCCUGACACUCACUGCCAUUCAGACAACGUACGAGACCGUCCACCCGCUCUUUGAGCCGUUCGACCCGUACACGGAUGUCUUUUUCGCUUUUGCGCCUGGCUUUGGCUUCCCGAGUGUGAUCGCCGUGGAAGAACAGGCUCGUCUGCGCGCCGAGGAACGCGACGAAGAGCGCAAGAUGCAAGAGGCUCGCGAAACAUACCAUGCCAAGAAUGCUCCUACCGAUGAAGAGCCUGUGGCUCCGCAGACCGGCUUCCGCCCCACAGAGGUGGCCAAGAACCCUGCAGGCGGCGACGUUCCGUCAGAUGAACCGGCGCCGGCCGUCGUCGCGAUGCGUCCAGCCAAAGGCCAGUUUACCUCGCUUCAGACGGCACCGAUCGUCCAAGCUCAGCGCGAAUGGGCCCAGGCACUGGGACAGUUGCUUUCAACGCGUUGUGCUUUGUAUAUUUCUGGCUUCUCCCCGGCGGACGUCGAGCGAGACGUCCUUGCAUUCGAGUCCGUCGAUGGCGUCAGUGGCGAGUUCGACUGGCUCGUCACCCCUGGUGAAAAUGUGUUUGCCAGUCAACAAUGGGCUAUUGCGGACUUUGAUCCCCGUGUGGCCGUCAAGGCCAAUUGGGGCCUAUGGGCCGUGCGUGGCAAGCGCUAUGAUAUCCUAGGCCCGCAGUGGGAUUAA